UGCCCGUUCCAAGCCAGUUGCUGCUGCUGCUGAGGAAGCUUCUCGGGUUGGGGGGUUUGUAGCGGCGGCCGCUGUUGGGACUCGCCCCGCCCCCCCCCGCCCUUUGUACCUGGCGGCCUGAGGCGCCCCCAGCCCCUCGCUCAGCACCAGCCGAAGGCGCGGGAGGAGGUGGAGGCGCGACGCUUCCAAAAUGUCGCAGACAGCCAUGUCCGAGACCUACGAUUUCCUCUUUAAAUUCUUGGUUAUUGGAAAUGCUGGAACUGGCAAGUCCUGUUUACUUCAUCAGUUUAUUGAGAAGAAAUUCAAAGAUGACUCAAAUCAUACUAUAGGAGUGGAAUUUGGUUCAAAGAUAAUAAAUGUAGGGGGUAAAUAUGUAAAAUUACAGAUAUGGGACACAGCAGGACAAGAGAGAUUCAGGUCUGUAACAAGAAGUUACUACAGAGGUGCAGCGGGUGCUUUGCUUGUCUAUGACAUUACCAGCCGAGAAACCUACAACGCACUUACUAAUUGGUUGACGGAUGCAAGGAUGUUAGCAAGUCAAAAUAUUGUUAUCAUACUGUGUGGGAACAAAAAGGAUCUCGAUGCAGAUCGUGAAGUUACUUUUUUAGAAGCAUCCAGGUUUGCACAAGAAAAUGAGCUGAUGUUUUUGGAAACAAGUGCACUAACCGGGGAGAAUGUUGAAGAGGCCUUUGUACAGUGUGCAAGAAAAAUACUUAAUAAAAUUGAAUCAGGUGAACUGGAUCCAGAAAGGAUGGGCUCAGGAAUUCAGUAUGGAGAUGCUGCCUUGAGACAGCUGAGAUCCCCACGUAGAGCACAGGCUCAAAGUGCUCAAGAAUGUGGCUGUUAAAAAAAACACAACAAAACAAACUGAACACUUGUUCUAGAAACAAAAGAUGUCCAUGGAAUUGGUGUGUGUAGCAACAACUGACGCAGCUUGAAGGCUAUGCAGUUUUUUAAAAACAUCGUUACUACUGUAUGUGAACAGAAAAAACACUGCUGGAAAAACAGUACUGUAUGGUGGUAGGCAAGAAUGUGCAUAUGACAUAGCAGACUGCAAAACAAACCUGACAAUUCAGUGGACAAUACGAAGACUCACCUGUAUGUAAACAUUUUCCGUUACAUAUUUUUGUCACUCACCUUUAAAGUAUUGCUGUAUACUGUAUAUAAUGUAACAGUAAAUUUCCAAAGCAUGAUAUACUUAUGUUUGAUAUAAUAAAUGUUGCACUAAAAGCAAUUAUA